GCCUCCGUAGGGCUUUCGGGCCGGUAGACGAGGAAUGGAGCCAGCAGGCGGCGGCUCCUCCUCCACAGAUCCGCGAGGCACCUAUGUGCUGAGUAACCUUGCGGAGGUGGUGGAGCGUGUGUUUACCUUCCUGCCGGCCAAAGCGUUGCUUCGGGUAGCCGGAGUAUGCCGCCUGUGGAGAGAGUGUGUGCGUAGAGUGCUGCGGACCCAUCGCAGCGUGACCUGGAUCUCCGCGGGUGUGGCGGAGGCGGGCCACCUGGAGGGACAUUGCUUGGUCCGCGUGGUAGCUGAAGCGCUUGAGAAUGUCCGCAUCUUACCACGGACAGUUCUCUACAUGGCAGAUUCUGAAACGUUCAUCAGCCUGGAGGAGUGCCGGGGCCAUAAAAGAGCAAGGAAAAGAACUACUAUGGAGACAGCAUGUGCCCUGGAGAAGCUGUUCCCCAAACAGUGUCAGGUCCUUGGGAUUGUGACCCCAGGAAUUGUAGUGACUCCAAUGGGAUCAGGUAGCAAUCGGCCUCAGGAAAUAGAAAUUGGAGAAUCUGGUUUUGCUUUAUUAUUCCCUCAAAUUGAAGGAAUAAAAAUUCAACCCUUUCAUUUUAUUAAGGACCCCAAGAAUUUAACUCUCGAAAGACAUCAACUUACUGAAGUGGGUCUUCUGGAUAACCCCGAACUCCGUGUGGUUCUUGUCUUUGGCUAUAACUGCUGUAAGGUGGGAGCCAGUAAUUACCUGCACCGGGUGGUCAGCACUUUCAGCAACAUGAACAUCAUCUUGGCUGGAGGCCAGGUGGACAACUUGUCUUCACUGACUUGUGAGAAGAACCCUCUGGAUAUUGACGCCACAGGUGUGGUCGGACUGUCAUUUAGUGGGCACCGAAUCCAGAGUGCCACGGUUCUCCUCAAUGAGGAUGUAAAUGAUACCAAGACCGCUGAGGCCGCCAUGCAGCGCCUCAAAGCAGCCAACAUCCCUGAACAGAACACCAUUGGCUUCAUGUUUGCGUGUGUUGGCCGAGGCUUUCAGUACUACAGAGCCAAGGGGAAUGUUGAGGCUGAUGCAUUUAGAAAGUUUUUUCCCAAUGUCCCCUUAUUUGGCUUCUUUGGAAAUGGGGAGAUCGGCUGCGACCGGAUAGUCACUGGGAACUUUAUCCUGAGGAGGUGUAAUGAGGUGAAGGAGGAGGAUCUGUUCCAUAGCUACACAACCAUCAUGGCUCUCGUUCACCUGGGGGCCUCCAAGUGAGCCGCCUUGUUGAGUGGAUUUCACAUUAUGUAACUUUGGGGCUUUCUCUUUUUUAGAAAAAUGGAAUCUCGGAUACAAAUAUUUUAAACAAAACUAGCUAUUGUGUGUUUUGUAGCUUUGAUUGAUGCUCUGAGGUCACUCCGGGAUGAUUUUUUAAUACGCAGAUGAAGGACAGCGUUAACAUUGUGAGCACACAAGUCAAGAAAUGAGGCUGUUGUUAGUGCAAGCAGCCGCUGUGGCUGAACAGAUUCUGCGGCCACUGCGUAAGUGCCCUGGGAGGUUGAGAGGCCACCCGGAAGGUGGAGGUUCAAGUAGUGGUUGGUGACUUUUAGCAGAAUCAUGAGAAAAUUAAAGAAAUGGUUUGAGAAGUCUUUCUCUGCUUUUCUGUUUUUUACAGAAGCUGUAACAAAUAUUACUGACUGUUCACUUUUUUUGAGAGUUAGUGUUUUCCUCUUCCUAGUAAAGAGACUGCAAGGGAACAGUCUUUAUCACAUAAUUCUGAAAAUCAUAUCACCAUAUUUUGGUUUUACACCAAUAAAAUAUACUUGAAAACCCA